UUUUUUAGUUUAGAGAAGACAUUAGCAUUGUUAGGAGUUUUCAGAAUAUUUACCGAGCAGUUUUAACAUCGAAACAAAAGUUGUAAGAAGAAUUUGUAAUGUAUGAUCCGAAACCCAAAAAUAUCCCCAUCCUUAUAUACGAAUAUUUUCUAGGAGUGAUGAAACAAACGUCUUUGAUGAAGCUAAGUACGUUGAUUCAACCAAUUCGUUGAAUCCGGAGUUGAGUAGAGAAGUUAAGGAGACUGCAAAAUAUCACAGUCCAUCUGCAAUCUAAGUGUCUUAUUUGCAACAGUUGUGUAGUAAUACUAAAAACAUAAUCAUAAACAUCAAACCUCCAGGCUAGAGCAAAAAGGGGCAAGUGCUUAUUUGUUUUUCCAGAUUACAUCAGCAAUUGAAAUAGUAGCAUUAAAGAGGAUUUUUUCAGUAUCUUCUUUGCACUUGCAGUCCACUUAUAGAAGUACCUAGCUGGAUCAUCGAUACCAAUACCGUAUAUGUCCGAAGUAAAAAUAUGACCCCAAAUAUGCCAUUGAAUUGUAUACCUUGCCGCCAAAAUCUACUUGCAUGUGCAUGUGCACGACGACGACAACAUUGCGCAACCUGUUCUAACAUCAUGAAAUGAUAGGAUAAUGCCUUUCAAUCCGUAAUUGUGUCGGCCUUUCAAUCCGUAAUUGUUUCGGACACUGCAUGUUUGUCUAAUUUUACCACUCAAAUUCUUAUGAUCACUCUAAAUGCAUGAAAAAAUGCAACAUUUUUCCCAAUAUAAAGUAAGAACUCGUCAGUCCUGUAUAAAUGUCUGCAGCUAGAAGUAAUGUUAUGCUAGUUAAUCCUCCAAGAAACUCUUUUAAAAUGCUAUGUCUUCUGUACUUUUUUUAGUCCUACUUCUUGUUCUUCAUUAUUCAAUCAAUCAUUAUCGAUCAACAAGUAGUAUCUUUCUCUCUUUUCUAGUAGUGAAAUUUAAGAUCCAUCUACUUCAGGCCAUGGCCACCCGCCAACAAGGCCAGACCGUGACUUAUCCUUAACUGUACUUCCUUUUACAUUGAUAUCAUUGUGAUUGAUUGUUUAUCCACCUUCAUAAUUUUACAUUUCCACGUUAUCUACUGUCAUAGAAAGUUCUUAGAAGGACCUCCAAGAAAGCGAAAUGCAACAAGAACGAAGUGGAGGUCUUUGAUGUUAGAGAACCACACCAAGUAAGAAAUUUUCUGCUGCGAGAUGGACGCUUUACUCGAGCAGAUCGUUGUGUUCGCGGGGAACCCCCGCUUGGGCGCAAUCCUCAGUCUUCCAGCCACGCUUUCCCCUGAGGAAAGACGAGAAGCGAAAAAGUUUGUUUCUUCACGAUUCCCCGACUCGCUUCAGGCCUCUACCUAUGGUGUUGGAGACACGAGGGCGAUUCACGUUCUGAGAACGAAUUGCGCGGAGGCGGAAAAGGCGGCGUUAGUACAGGUACUGAAUUGAGAACUCGUCCUACGAAAAAUUUGAGGUUUUAUCACUUUAAAAAACGCAACAAGAAUCUACUUAUCCCCAUCAUCUCCACCAUCAACAGACAACGUCGGCAUCUGGAACUACGUCUGGAACAAAUUCGUCUAGAUCGGUCAGCGCCGAAGAACUGCCUGCUCUUACUGUGCAUACGUCACCCACUGUGGAAUUGCGGCGUAUGGAGUUGGCGACUAGCAAACAGAAAGAUGCUGCAGCAGCUGAUGGCAACCCAGUGGCUGAGCAGAUUCUAGGUGCUUCGUUGCCGAGUACACCGGCCAUGGCGGGCUCAAACAGACGACGUGGGGGACGUGGUCCACUCCUUGGCGGAGGUGGGGAUAUGUUCGACCACAGUUUUGCCGUUAGUGUGAAGAACACUUUCCUGCACAUCAGUGAAGUAACUGCAGUAACGCUGGGCAUGAGCGGAAUGAAAACUUCCGGUGACGUUUCCGCUACAGACAACUACUUUCCAGUCUCUGCAUCAGCGCCACCGCGAUCCAGAACUGCACCUACUCCGGUAGGUGUGAACAAACAAGGAAGUGGUGAGUUUUUUUCACAGUGGGCGCCGGGUAGUUCAAGUACCUCAUCUUUGUCGCCACCACCGAUCAAUGCGUCACCUAUUUUACAACACCAGAACUCGAGGGGCAGCACAUCUUCUUCCAAAGGCCCUGGGAAGAACGGCACCAAUCCUGCAUCAAACCUGAACAUGUCGGCUGAUGUCUUCAUGCGGAAGUGCGCAGAAGAAAGGAGACGAAGAUUGUUGAAUCGCGCAGUGUCUUUUUCCACGUCGUGGAGUUCCAGUACUGGUUCGAACGUCCCCCACCUCAGCGGAAAUGGUACAAUAAGCGCACCAAAAGCUUUGUUCUUGUCGAAGGCUCGUGGUGAGCGUGAUGGACACGGGAAACUACAACAGUCCAGUAGUGUCUUCUCUUCGCCAGCUAUGCUGGUUGCUGAGACCGGAGCAAGCGUGCGACUCGAAAAAACAGCGCCACCAGGGCUUCUGCGUGAAGCAACAAGGAAUAUUUUGGAAGAAGCAUACGAAGCGGCUGGUCAGGAGGAGGAUGAAGAGGCAGAGGAAGCUGAGGACAAUAAAGGGUAAUAUUAAUCUGCAGGUAGACUACGAGAACUACUAGGGAUGCAAAAAAAAGAAGAAAAUUGUUGACAACAAGUCUUUCUUAUACUAGCACUAUUUUUCCGCAGUUGUAGUUGUACUUUAUUCCUGUUCUACUUCUUUCAGAACGAGUUACUGUAGCGAGUUUUUGUAUUAUUGACAUUCUCUCGUAUUUGAUCUUUGCUCGUUUAUGACAUGUUCUUGACAUCCAUCCUCAUGAUCACUCUACUUCAUCAGGCAACAAAAAACUGCAGAGCGCUCGCCGAAGCCAAGUUACCAACGAGCUGGCAGCGAUGCAGGUACUAAAUGAGUUUCUGUUUUGUUUGAGUCUAAUAGAUUCUGACAACAUGCCACUGACUUUAGUUUCCUGCACUCAACAUGAUGAAGAAGAAGAUAACCGUAACGCGCUAUCAGGAGAGUAGCUCACGACAGUAUGCUAUUGCAAUGCUGAAUAAUUUCUUCCAACCGAAACUCCAACAGAACUCGCCGCCUCCUUGAAGCAUCAUAUCGACGAAGCGCAACAGCAAGUCGCUGCUGGCGCUGGAAACGACAUCAGCACAACCUUCGACCACAUCCGUGAGUUAGAGGAGCUACUUUUGCGUCCGCCAGAAUGGAUGACCGCGAAACCUUUAAGAAACGAGUUCCUAAUUGGCCAAAUUGUGGAGCUCCAAGAUGUGAUCGAGCCCUACGCGGGUCUUCAGGGCGUGGUCUGCAACAUCGUGUAUGAGCCUGGAGGUGGCUUGUGCUAUGACGUCGCUCUCAACAAGCCAGCAGGUGCAGUGAUGCGCGUAGAAGAGAGUCGACCAAUGGAAGCGGUGGGGCAUGUCACCGCAAACAGCUUGAUGGGUAUUCCAGAAACUAAUUCUGGUUCUAGUGUGGAACAAGACACUAAAAACAACAAUGCCAAAACAUCCCAUGAUCUUCAACAAGUUGUAGAUGGAACAAGCGGAAUGAAUAGUGGGAAUGCAGGUGCUAUCACACUACCGUCUCUCACCAUGCCACCACCUCCGCCAGGGUCCUCGUCUUUGCCUCCACCUCUACCACCUGUGAUGGAGGAGUUGUGGAAUCAAGAGCAAGUUUGGCCAAACCUGACAAUUCCGCAAGGCAAUCUUCGUGCUGUCGCUGAGCCGUUCGUACCGAGUAACGUUAUGAUUAAGGCUACCGCUGGACCAUCCUCAACAUCAUCCUUGGCCGAUUUUUCAAGGAGAAAAAGGGACCAGGGAGGUUCUCGGGGAUGCGAGCGCGGUAGCUCUAAUAUGAUCAACGAACAAAGUAGCCACUCCGUUGCUCCUCCAGGACUGGAAUUCGAAGUACCUGUAGUACCCUAUAGUGCAACUACUGGUGCUGGUGGAGGUUACGAGAUGAAUUACGGCAGCUACUACGACCAGCAGUAUGAAGACGCGUUGAGAAGCUACAACUCUAGUACGGGUGGCGCUCCUUAUGCUUAUCUCCCAUCUCCUUACCAAAGUGGUACAGGAGUAGUACCUCCUGCUCCAGGCUUCAUCUAUCCUAGCAGCUCUUCUUCGACGACGUAUCCUCUCAGCUUGAACGACGCCUUACCACCACGCGGGACCGAAGCUUGUUUGGCUCAGAAGUACGGAGACCUAGAGCGGGUCUGGGCUGUAGGUGGUGUCCUCCGCGUCCGCGAAGAAAUCCGAAAACGUCUUCGAGCCAGUAGAGCUUCUUCGACAGGUGGUACAACUACUACCUCUGGUAAUGCUAGUGGUCCUCCAGGUGGUGGAGUGAUCAUCAGUAGUCGUUGGUCAGCAUUGUUUCAAGAUGACAAGGACUACAAUAGUUCUUAUGUCUCAGGAUCGCCAUCUUCGGGAACAAUGAUGCGUGCCAGAACGUCAGGAAUAACAGGAUCAUCUUUCACUAGUCCUAGUGCGACAAAGCAAACUUACAACUACCAAAAUGCGGUAGCUCGAUCUCGAUCCUCGUCCUCGGUAACCUAUUAUGGUCAUUUUUUUUUUCAUCAUUCUCGGCAUCUUGGUCCCCUUUUCCCUUGUAUUUCCGUGAAAUACAAGGUAUUAAAAGGGGUCACAAGAUAAGGGGGCUGAGAUGCAAUCUAGCAGACUCUAAACCUACAGCAACAACACUCCGGGAGGAGCUCCUCCUGGUGUCGGAGGUGUGUACUCGGCAUUUUCUAGUAGUAAAAACACAGUUGAUGGAACAAACACAACUGGGGCUGCAGGAGGAGGUAGUAGCAAUGCUGGUGGCGCGCCUUCUAGUACGGAGCAAGGGAAUGCUGGCCUAAGCACCUCUAAUAGGACGACGAGAGCGAACCUGACGUCUCCUCAGCAGCUGUCUAGCAACUACAGCCCACCACCGCGAUCGCAGUCACCACGCCUUGGGCUGGGAAACCGUAAUUCGCUGCUAGAGCGUGGUCUGGGGGGUUCUGCGAAGGAAUUAGCACCACCACCGCCGCCAAUUUAUCUGUCCUCAGGAGGAGAAAGCACCACUGUCGUGACCCCGCCACCGCCCGCCCUCGGAGAAUCCCAUUGAUGAUGAACAGGGAAUCUAAUCCACGCAGGACAAGACCACAGGUAAAACAAUUAAGUUGUAGAAAGGAGAAUUACAAAAACUAAAACUAGAUGAAACCGAAUUCGAAAUUAAUGCAUGAAUUGGAAAACUUUUACUCUUAAUGAUUAUAGGAAGAUUAUAUCGCUUUUAAGCCGAGGCCGACGCCGACCGCACUUGAAACUUUACUUUGAGAUGAUUUUCAACUAUAAGUAUUCAUUGAAGAUUGUGUUGAAGAAGAAAAUCCCUAAUCUUGUUGCACAUGACCUUAGUAACUUCUAAGUGGUAAAUCCACCCGUUAAGAUUAUCCAGAUGAUCAUUCGCUAAAUCUAAAAAGGGCUGCUGCAAUUGCGUGAAUAGUAAAACUCAAGAACAAAAGCAUCAUUAACUACAUUAUUCUUUGUGCCUCCAUCUGAACAAUCAUGUUUUUUAAGGUUCGUUGAUGAGUAAGUACCAACGAUAGUUAACAAUGAUCUAGAAAUUGAAUAUUAUAUGUAAGUUCUUCUUCUUGAUGUCCUAUAGAAAAACCAAACGAAAAGUAUCAACUGUCGUCCGGAAAUACAGCACGCUGCUCGCGAGAUAGUGAUUACUUAGAAGUAUGAAUUGCAAUGCAGCAGGAUGAUCUUCUGAUGUUUCAAUUAUACAUCGAUCAGGAGAGAGUUGCAUUUCCCAGCAGGGCUAGUGUGGGGGUUGACCUUGUAGUUUGCUGCCAUUGUUUGAAAGGGCGGUGGCAUAUAGUCCUAACUAAAAAAAAAAAUCUACGGUGGUCGCGAAUUGCCAUAACAGGGGCACACACAUGACAUGUGCACUUCUUUCAAAAAUGUUACCCAUUUUUAAUUUUAUUCCUGUAGUUUAUUCAAGAAAUCAGGUGAAUUUGUCGUGUGAAAUGAUAAGUGUGAUGAAAAGAGAAACAGGUGGUAGACACCUGCUGCCGAAGUUUGCGGGUUAUUUCUAGAAGAACACCCUGUUACGUAGAAGCACCGCCAAGAAGAUAGAGUCCAAGAGCAGGAUAAGGAACAUGUUGAACAUGACGAACGUUCACUGCGAGGAGAUCCUUCUACAUCUACCACGACUGCCCGCACGUACAGUGUGCAUAUAAUUUCUCUCUGUAGAAACUAGUUUUCUUUUCGCACACACACAUUUUUAACAUCUUGUUCAUCUUCAAUCAAUCAUUCCUAAUUCAUCUAAUCUAAAAGAUAAAUUGACCUCAGUCAAAAUGUACCAUUGCUUGCACUAUGCAAGAAUCAUGAUACAUAGAUGAUGGUGAAGGUGAUGAUGUACUAGAUGAAAUAAUGGCACGACCAGGAUCCCAACCGUAGAUUGCUUGUGCUGUUUCUUGGCCCACCAACACAUCUAAGUAUUAACACGGGAAAGUUGACGAUGUACUACUAUUACACUUGUAGAAGAAAGUACUUAGCUGAAGCACGCGCCGGUGGAGGUUGUGUAUUCAUCUAAAAGGUACCCUUGUUGUGCAACCUCGAUUAUAGUUUUCAUUUGUAGUUGUAGUGUGACUACUACAUGUAAUUGUAGUUGGAAGUUGGAAAAAACUUUAGUAGAUGAUGCAGAGGAGAGUGAGAUCAAGAUCUUCAAUCACAAAAAUUGUACGGCGAGGAUACUAGUUUCGCUGUAGUUUUCGUACUAGUACUGCAACAUCGGUUGGUAUCAGAGCAUGCUACAAUCUAAUCAGACGAGCUUUAUUCCCAGAAAACACCACUUCAAACUCAGCAAGGUGGGGGUAAGAUGGAAGCGCUUUCCGUCUCCAUCAGCAGGAAGGAGACUAGAACUUUACCUUAAAAAAACUCCCCUUGAAGAUAGCCUUGAAGAUAAUCAGCAUAUAGUCCUAACCUCUUUUUAAGCCUGCAGGAAGUCAUGUGUUUGUCCCAUUUGCUUGACGUUCCUAUUGUAAGCGUAGCUUCUUUCAAAUCUUUGUGCACUUUCUCGUUCUUCAUCAGGUCCUCCAAUCCGAUCAUGAUUGAAGAGCAGACCCGUUUGGAU